UCACUGAUCGUCUUUAUAUACAGUCAGUGGUCAUCUUUAUAUACAGUCACUGAUCGUCUUUAUAUAAAGCCUUCACUCAGAUUAAAGUUGUGUUUAAAACACACACACUCACUCUGAGUGGCAGCUGACAGCAGAGCCGUCCACGUGAGUGUGCACGUGGCCUGUGGUCUCUGAUCACUGGGCUCUUUGUGUCGUUUUUACCGUGAGCUGCAGAUUAGUGUGUUAGCUAUGUUCGGUAUGUAGCGCCUGACUCUGCCUUACACAGCGCCCCCUGCAGAAAGAGAACCAGCCUGACAGAUGUUCUCCAGAUGUUUGAACCUGUUCAGAGACGUGAAGCUCGAACAAAACCCACCUUCACUUUAUCAACUUCACACGAAAACACUGAAACAAACUUCUCAACUUCUCGUCUUAAAAUGCUCCUGUUCUGAGCAGAGUGGACUCAUUCAUCCUGAAGAGAUUAGUGUGUGUGUGUGUGUGUGUGUGUGUGUGUGUGUGUGUGUGUGUGUGUAAUCUGUUGGACUGUGGCUCGUUCAGCAGCUGGUCGUUUCACGAUGAAGUCUCCUGCUCUGUUUCUGUUGCUCUUGUCUGUGUCUCCUCUCCUGUCGGAGGCGUCUGUCCCCCGGGACGAGGACGUCCGGUCGGGGGCCCACGUGGCCCCGGAGCUCCCCGUGCUGUGGGACGAGCUGCGGGGGCUGAGGGAGCUGGUCCUGAGCCUGAGGGCGGAAGAGGUGGAGCGGCGGCAGGCAAUGCGGGGCAUGGAGAGCCGUCUGCGGGACAGAGAGGUGGACGCCGAGCAGCAGAGCAGGAGCCUCCGUCAGGAGGAAGAGCUGAGCUCAGGUCUGAGGAGGAAGGUGGAGGAGCUAGAUGAAGCUCGAACGUCCGAACUGUCGACGCUUCAGUCAAGACUGAACGUCAGCGAGACGUCGCUGGAGCAGCUGAAGAAGAACUCAGGCCUGGCGUCAGAGCUGCCGUUCCUGCAGACGAGGCUGAGGGCAAACGAGCGCACGGUGGAGCAGCUGAGGAGGAGGAACGCAGUUCUGUCAGCGAGACUCUGCAGCACCGAGAGUCUGGUGGAGGAGCUGAGGAGGCAGAUCUCAGACACAGUUGUUACCAUGGGUACAGCUGAUUGGAAGCAUCUGGUUAAGGGGCGGGACAUUUCCGAGGUUGACCAAACACAAAAGGGGGCGUGGCCUACUCACCAGUUGAACUUGAUGUCUCCAGGUUUUCCGGCCUCCAACAGUUCGUCUGCAGCGUCGGAGCGUCGAGGGAACACGACUUCUGAAGCUCAACAGACUCGACAGAACUCGUCUGCUGAGAGAGAACAGCUCCGUCACAUCAUGGCUCAGGUGUCGGAGGUGACGAGUCGACUGAACUCCACUCAGCUGCUCGUGGAUCAGCUGAGCAGCGACGCUGCAGCUCUGAACAACAGACUGAGUGUUGGUGAGCGUCGACUGGACGAACUGCAAAUACAAACCACAGAGUCGAGAAGCUCGUCAGCACUGGAAGAAAAUCGGUCAACUGUGAAGAGUCGACUUCUGCACCUGGAGGGAAACGACUCAGCUCGAGCAGCUGAAGUUUCUGCGGUGACGUCCAGACUGACGCAGGCGGAGACUCAGACUGCAGUUGGGGCUCAGUCAGUGGAGCAGCUGCAGGUCAGACUAGACUCUGCUGAGGACCAGGUCCUGCAGCUGCUGACGGACAGAACAGAGCUUCAGGUCAGACUGAGUGUGGGUGAGAAACAUCUGGAAGGUCUGAAGACAGAAAGUCAGUUUUUAACUUCAACAAGUUUGUGGAGUGAAACUGUGCAGGAUCCAACAUGGUUACCUGAAGAACUCCUGUUUCAGACUGUUCAACUUUCUUCGUUAGAGUCCAGACUGACGGAGCACAACAACAACACUUCACAGCUUCAGGUCAGACUGAGUGUCGAUGAGAAACAUCUGGAGGAUCUGAAGACAGAAAACACAAAGCUUCAGGUCAGACUGAGUGUCGGUGAGAAACAUCUGGAGGAGCUGAAGACAGAACAAACAGCUCAGGCUGUUCAGAUUUCAUUAAUGGAGUCCCGACUGAUGGACAGCAACAGCGACACCUCAGCUCUGCAGCUCCGACUGGGUUCCACUCGGACACUUGUUGAACAUCUUGAGACUGUGGUUGCAGUGCUGCAGUCGAGGCUGAACAUCACUGACAAGCACCAGGACGAGAUGAAGACACAAACUGAAGCACUGAACUUCAGACUGAAGGAGAACAACGACCGUCUGCAGCAGCUCACGAACUCCAGCACAGACGACCUGAAGGUGGCGUUCUCAGCCGGUCUGACUGACUCAGGACCAGUCGGACCGUUUGAUGAGGAGUCGACUCUGAUCUUCUCUAAAACCUUCAGCAACGUGGGCGGAGCCUACGACCCGACCACAGGUGUGUUCACGGCCCCAGUCGGAGGUGUUUACUUCUUCAGCUUCUCGGCGACGGAUUACCUGAAGGGCUACAUGGGUCUGUACCUGUACAGGAACAACCAGCCAAUCAUCUUCACCCUGGACCUGAACGACCACGGCGGCUACACGUCCACGUGCAGCGGUGUGGCCCUGCAGCUGGAGGAGGGCGACUGCAUCCGCCUCAGUCUGCCAGCGAGCUACCGGCUCUACGACGACUCGCGGAACUUCAGUGUCUUCUCUGGUUUCCUGCUCUUCCCGCUCUGACGGUCCAGGGAUCUGGGUCCGAGUGACACAUCUCCUCAGCAAUAAACUCUCCUCUCAGUCAACAGAGAGGCUGGACUUUUAUUUUAGUAGGGUGAGUGACUUCCUGUUCGUCCUCUCAGGGUCCGUCAGUGACUUUACUGUAGCUGUCGAUCUCAAAGUCAGUGGUCGAAGAAAUAUUCAGAGUUUUAUUUGUAAAAGAACCAAAACAUUAAAGUACACAUAAAUCAA